UCUGGGUUUCCCGAUGUUUGCACAAGCAUGGUAAUUUCGAAAGGACUUCACGGGAUGGUUUGCAUUUGAGGCAAUGCUCUUUUUUAGGAAAUGGGAUUUAAGAGAAGAUACCAUUGAUCUAUCUCACUGUAUUUUUCCCUGUUCUUUGAUCUCGCCCUUUAUCUCUAAUAUGGAACACCUUUUUCAGUUUUCCCCUUUGAUAUUUUUUUUGGUGGGGUAGCUAUAUACGUGCAUCGAAAUGUAGGCUUUCUAAAAGGAACUUGGAGAUUCUUUUGAGUCGGCUUUGAAGUUAUUAAAGUAUGAGUUAUUGACUAAAGGCUCCUAUUAAUAGCAAUGCUGAAUAAUGGAGCGUUUGAAAUGCUUUAUGUCAUCCCCUUUUUUUUUAAUGUUCAUGAUUAGAUAGCGACUACGGCUUCUGUGGGUUUUAUAUACGUGCCUAGUGGUGACUUGAUAUUUAAUUGGAUCGUUGUUUAAUAUAUCAAUAAAUAUUCUGAUGUGCAGUUGAAUAAUUAUGAAAAAGAGCUUGCUUUUGAUCUUCAUAGCUGUUGUAGGCUGGCUUUUUUGUUAGAUCUUCUGACCCAUGUGGGCUUUUGUUGUUUAAUUCUCUGGGGGGUAUUUUGAAACCUUUCCUGGAAUUUUCUUCUUCCCUAUGUACCCAGAUUGUGUUUGGUUUCACUUUUGAGUGUGUUGAUUAGUUCAUUUGAAGAUACUUGGAGGUGUUUUGCUGCCCAUUACUCCUGUUUAUGUUUUAUUACCCCAAGUUCUGAGAUCUCUAAUUAUGGACUGCCUGAUGUAGCAGGAGCAGAAUGUUAAUGAUGGCAUGAUAGGAACUUGUAUAUGCUUAAUUAAUAUCUCAAUAAGGCGUCUUGCACAUGUAGUAUAGUUAUUUUAUAAAGUUUAUGACUUUAUCUGAUUGUUGUUAACGUAAAUGUUGCGUGGUUUGGUGGGUGGGAGAAUAUAAAAGUACAUUUUUGUACUCUUGGCUGCCGGCUUUUCUUUUUGUUGCUCUAAUAUCCCAACGGCAUUGAGUUUCACAUGCGAUGAUAUUAUUUAAGAGACGUGGUUCAUCUUCAAAUUUAAAUUUUAAAGAAAAACCUUACAGCACAUCUUCACGCAUUUGUCUCAGAUUUAAAUUCACUAGCUUGGCAUUUUAGAACCAGAGGAUUAAAGGUCUUGAAGGUGACGCUGAUCGGGACAUCUUUCAUCCCCGCCAUUUUCCUGCCUUGAGAUGGAUUCUGUGAAAUCCUCUGCUCUCACUCCAAGUAAGAGUAAAUUGGCACGCACAAUUACCAAAGUUCUUCAUAUUCGAGCUCUAACUGGCAUAGCACCUGUCCAUGAAACUCAGAAAGUUAAGCCACAAGACAAGAUCAGUGAUGAUUGCACCGCAAGUAAGAGUACAGGUAGUCAAUCUGAGUCUUUCGAUAGUGUGGAAGAAGAGUUCCAGAAUAGAGUCCAAUUGCAAGCGUUGCUAUCAAAAUUGUUUGCCAGCAUCUCAUCAGUCAAAGCUGCAUAUGCGCAGUUACAGUUUGCUCAAUCCCCUUAUGAUGCUGAAGGUAUUCAAGAUGCCGAUCACUGUGUUGUCUCAGAAUUGAAAGUUUUGUCUGAAUUGAAACAGUGUUACCUUAAAAAACAGUUUGAUCCUUCACCAGAAACCACAAUGCUCUUGGCUGAAAUUCAGGAGCAAAAGAGUCUUGUGGGAACAUAUGACAUGAUGGGGAAAAGAUUGGAAUCGCAAGCAAGACUGAUGGGCUCUGAAAUUACGUUUCUAAGAGAAAAGAUCGAGGAAAUUAACAAACAGAAUAGGUUGCUGGAAAAAAGUUUAGAUCAAAGUGGGUCAAUUCCUAUGACUGGUGAUCUUCAUUUAUCAGAAGUAAAUGCAAGUCAUUUUAUUAAAGUUCUCGGGCAUACAAUCAAGUCUGUUCGAAGCUUUGUCCGGAUGAUGGUGAAUGAAAUCAAAUCUGCUGGUUGGAAUGUUGAUGCAGCUGCGACAGAAAUUGAACCUGAUACUUAUUAUUGGAAUAAUGAUCAUAGAUGCUUUGCAUUCGAGACAUUUGUUUUCAGGGAAAUGUUUGAUUCCUUCCAUCAACCCAAUUUUUCUCUACCAAAUGAAUCCUUGCCCGAAAAGAGGAAACAAAAACAGUUUUUCUUUGCAAGAUUUAUGGAGCUGAAGCUUAGGAAAACAAAAGAUUUUCUUUCACAAAAUCCAAGAUCAACUUUUGCCAAGUUUUGUCGAGUUAAGUACUUGCGGCUCGUUCACCCCAAGAUGGAAUCAUCAAUAUUUGGUAACUUGGACCAGAGAAGCUUAAUCAGCUCAGGUCAAUUCCCAGAUACAACCUUCUUUAGCACAUUUGCAGAAAUGGCAAGGUGGGUGUGGCUAUUACAUUCAUUAGCUUAUUCCAUUGAACCGGAGGCUUCCAUCUUUCAAGUACGAAAAGGAAGCCGAUUCUCAGAGGUCUACAUGGAAAGUGUCAUUGAUGAAAUGUACCUUUCACCAAAUUCUGACCCAGUUGUGGCAUUCACUGUUAUUCCUGGCUUCAUGAUUGGUAAAACUGCAAUCCAAUGCCAGGUCUAUCUCUCGCAAUGAUCACUUCUUUAUUAUGGGAACAACAGUAUACUUAUCUUUUUACCAAGAUCACAGAUACCAACCAAUAAAUUCAUGGUAAUUGCCUCUUCACCAACUCAAAGAUCAAGCUGUCAAGCAAAUUAUUAUAUAUAUGUCUUGAUUGAACAAAGAUCAUCAUGGUGGACAAGUUGCUGCAUAUAUUGUGAAGGAGUGGCAAACAUCCUCCUCUACGUAGGCAGGCAAUCAAACGAGUAAGUGCUAUUUUCGAGCCAUUUUGGAAGAGAAACCGCGUGGACUGAAGUGAAAAGAACAAAAUUUUUAGUCUAUUUUAAUUGUCUUAUUUAUCUUGACUGAAAACCAUCCCAUCAAAUUUUGUUAAUAUUAUUAUAUAGGUCAGUGACAGAGGGAUGGUCUAGCUGUUGUGCAACAGAACCAGACAAUGCAUGUACAUGUAAAUAGCAAUAACUAUUAUUAAAAUUAUAUAAAGUUAGAUGGGGGGAGAGAUAUUAGACACUUCCUUUUUUUGACU